AUAUCGACUUUUACCGUUUUUGAGGAAACGGCGAGACAAGUGUUUUUUUGCCAUUCGUUUAAGGAGCGUAUGACAAGGAUCUCUUUACCUAUUCGCAAUCCAAAACUUUCUGUAUGAGAUAAUUUUCCAAAAUACUACCAUUGAAAUAAGAAAGUGAAGGCAUUGUAAUAUUUGCAUGGAAGCCAUUUUAAAGCCUCCGUUAAGCUCACCCAAUAAGACAAAAACACCCAAACCAUCCUCAUUUUCUUCUUGUACUAUGUCUAUCAUCAAUAAAGCUACAUUUUUGCCACCACUAACUCCUCAUUUUACAACUUCUUUUUCUUUCUCUGCCCCUUCUCGUUUCACUUCUUCUGUUAUAUAUGCGACUCCGGAGAGCCAAUUGAGUGAGGGAGUAGAAAGAACUACAAGAGAAUGGGUAAUGCAAGAUUUUUAUGCUCUAAGGAAGGAUGUUGAAACUGCCACAGAACGUGUUGAGGAGAUUAGAGCAUCUGCUAGUCUGCAGCUUUUAGGAAAGGAGCUUGUAGAUUUGGAAUCAAAGGCAGCCGAUAGCUCCUUUUGGAAUGAUCGUGCCAAAGCCCAAGAAACUCUUUUGGCACUGACUGAUGUCAAAGAUAAGAUAAAUUUGCUCAAUGAAUUUAAAACCAAGGUUGAAGAUGCUGAAACUAUAGUUAAGCUAACAGAGGAGAUGGACUCCAUAGGUGCUGCACUUCUAGAAGAAGCUGUCAAUAUCAUCAAAGAACUAAAUAAGGCGUUGGACCUAUUUGAGUUGACUCAACUUCUUUCUGGUCCAUAUAAUAAAGAAGGUGUAGUCAUCUCUAUAACUGCUGGUGCUGGAGGCACUGAUGCACAGGAUUGGGCUGAAAUGCUUCUCAGGAUGUACAUGAGAUGGGGAGAGAAACAGAAAUAUAAGUCAUGGGUGGUUGAAAAGUCCUUGGGAGAGGAAGCUGGGAUUAAGUCAGCCACAAUUGAAGUUGAAGGUAGAUAUGCUUAUGGUUAUCUGUCUGGAGAAAAAGAAAAGGGAUCCCAGCUAGCGAACAUGAUCAAGGCUCUUAGCCGUUUAGAAGCCAAGUUAUUGGUGAUAGCUGAGGAGCAACGUGCACCUGAAAUUAAGCAAAUAAGAGGAGAUGCAGUGAAGGCGGAGUGGGGGCAGCGGAUACGUAACUAUGUAUUCCAUCCAUACAAACUGGUAAAAGAUAUACGGACAGGGUUUGAAACAUCAAAUAUUGCGUCAGUAAUGGAUGGUGAAUUGGAUGCCUUUAUCAAGGCUUACCUCAAAUAUAAAUACAGUAUGAAUGUGUCUGCAACAGGGGUUCAUUAACAGUUUAGUGAUCUAUGAUUAACUUCUAUAAUCUCCCUUUUGUGUUUAUAUAAGCUCAAAAUCUUUGAAUCAAAUCAAGAAUAUGCA